AUGGAUUUGUUGAAAAUAUUAGAUACUAAACCAGUACCCGGUAUUGUAGAUGCUAAGACGUUAGAUAUAUCUGGAAAUACUUCAGGUGACUAUUGGUUACCAACGACUAUGUGCCUUUAUCAGAAGGAGUUGACAGAUCAAAUUGUAUCAUUGCAUUAUUCUGAUAUUUUAAGAUAUUUUGAGACUAAUGACUAUAAAGAAGAUGUUGUUUUACAAUCCUUAGAGACAAUGUGUUUAAAUAGUCAAUAUGUGGCCACUCAUCCUUAUUUAUUAAUAGAUCAUCACAUGCCAAAGUCAUUAGUUAAAAAGGACCUUCCAAUGCAUCUUACAGAGACAAGUGGUAAGUUUGCUGCUUUGAGAGAUCUAGUCAAUAUUUUACAGGAAUAUGAAAAUAAUAUUGCUAUAAUAUGUAGGAAAGGAAGAACGAUGGAUUUAUUAGAGGCAUUAUUACUUGGGAACAAAGUUAACAUAAAAAGAUACGAUGGGAAUUUAAUCAAAUCAAAACAAAAACCUAGGAAAUGCUCGAGUUCUUUCCAUCUUUUCCCUUCUACUGAUUUACAAUUUAGAAAAUUUCCAAUCCAAAUAAAUGACGAGUUCGAUAUUGUAAUAGCGCUAGAUCCAAGUGUCGAUAGUACAGAUCAAGAUAUCCAAUACAUACUUAAAUACAGAAGAGAUAAAAAUACAAGCAAUCGAAAGGCACCAUUGAUUAGAAUGAUUGCAAUAAAUUCGAUAGACCAUUGUGAUUUGUAUUUCAAUAAAAAGUAUAAAAAUGGAAGCAAAGAGCAAUUGGAAUACAAAACAGCUGCUGUUGUUGUUCUAAGAGACAGAGUAGGCAUCCUGCCCCCAGAUUUAAGACCAAUUUACUCUCAGAAGUUAAACUACUUGGUCGAAUGGAUAGAGAAUCCCACACUACCUUGGCCAUUACCUGAUGUUUUUGCAAUUAAAGAAUACACACCUAUGGAUGUUGAAAAAUCUUUAUUAACAGAAGUGAAUUAUUCAAAUACAGAGGAUUACCUGGAAGCUGCUUUUACAACUAAUAGAAAACGUGGAAGAGCACCUGAAGAUAGGGAUGCCAAUAAAGAAUGUAACAUCCCCUCAUUUUAUGAUGUGAAAAGAGUUCAAAAUGAUUAUUCCACAAAUCCGUUGAAACAAAAUAUGACUCAAUUGACUGGUAUAACAACAGCAAAUGGGUUGGAUAGCAUCGAUUACCAUCUUUCAAGUGGUAUUUUAACUCAUAAGCUAAUCCAGUCAAUAAAUGAAGUAUAUAAAGGAAUCCAAAGACAAUAUGACGAGAUAAAAGAUUAUAAAGAUGUCCAAUCUAUUCAGCUUAACCAUGAAAAUUAUUUGAAAGAUGAACAGUCAAAAAUGAAAACGAAAUAUGAGGAUGCUAACUCAAAAAAAGAUUCAAAUAUUUCGACCUCAACUGUACUCGAUACAGAAGGCACUGAAAUCCACAAUCGAAUUGAUACGUUAGAUAAAAAGAAUGAAGCAGAUUUGAAAACAUUAGAAGAAAAAGGUGAGUCCUAUAAAAACUUAAAAGAAAUAUAUUUGAAACAAAAAGAGUUAAAAGAUAACCUAGAGAAGGAAGAAAGAUUAAAAAUAUCUAGAGAUUCAGAGAAAGAAUAUAUGCAGAAAGAAAUAUCAAGGGCAGAAAAUGCGAUUCAAGAGUGUAAUGAUGAAAUUUCAAAAAUUGAUAUUGAAAUGGCAGAAUUGUCUACUAACUUAGAAGAUAAAUUUACUUCAUAUAGAGAAAAAACUGAAAAAGUACAGGAAAAAAUAUCCAAUCUCAAGAAGUCAAUAAAUAAUGAGGAAAAUGAUUUAAUCAAUCUGAAAGAAAAGUUGAGAAAGACUCUAAUGAAUUUGAAUAAUCUACCUACCCCAAGGAUUAGAGUUUCGAAUGGUAAUAACAAUGGGAAUGAAUCUUCAAGCAGAAGGUAUAAAAAUCGUACUUAA